AUGAAGAAUACCGAGCCCGAACCCAGCAAUGACAAGCAGGUCAUUACGAGCCAGGGCCCAGAGCUGGGCUCUCAGGAGGAGACGUGGACUAAACUCGACCUCGUUUUCAAGGUUGGCGCCAUCGGUCUUGAGUUGAUCAACGCCAAGGAGACGGAGCCUGUCGGCGACAUCGAUGCUGCAAGCUUGUCUAAGUUCUCUUUGAACGAGACUAGUGUGAAGAUGCGCAUGCUCAGCGACGGUUCGUUGGAGUCGGAGCUUCUUAUCCAAUCCUUCACGAUCCGGGAUACCCGGACUCAGGAGACGAACAAGUUCCGCAAGGUCAUGUCUUUGAUCAACAAUGAUGUCAAGCAACAGUUCAUGGCCAGCGUCUCCAUUUCCGGGGGCAAGGAUCGUCACAUGAUUGUCCUCUUGACGAUUGAUAGCCCUCGCGUCAUCCUUGCCUUGGAUUAUCUCUUUGCCAUCCAAGCCUUUGUCAACGCCGGCCUUUCUGUCAAGGAGCCUAUCGAGAUCGAGAGCGAAGAGGAUGACACUGCCACCGAAGACGUAGAGAACUCGAAUAGUGACAUCUCCAGUGCCCUUAGCAAGCCGGCUGCUCAAACGCCAGAGACCAAGAAACCCGAAGAGGAAUCGACUAUGGAGAUGUCAUUCCGCAUCAACGUUGUUGAGGCUCAGGCUAUCCUUAUCGCAAACCCUGCGAUGACCAAUUCCGAGGCCAUUGUGCUUGGUACAAAACAAGUGCUCAUCUCAAAGCAGCACGCUACUACCCUGCAGGCCCGCAGUCAUCUCUGA